UCUGGCGGGGCGAGGGCCCGUGUGAGGGCGGCGGGCGAUCGCUGAGGCGGCGUAAUGUCCUCCGAGGUGGCCGCACGCAGCGAUGCCAAGAAGCUGGUGCGCUCGCCCAGCGGCCUGCGCAUGGUGCCCGAGCACCGGGCCUUCGGCAGCCCAUUCGGCCUGGAGGAGCCGCAGUGGGUUCCGGACAAGGAGUGCCCAAGAUGUAUGCAGUGUGACACCAAGUUUGACUUUCUGACCAGAAAGCACCACUGCCGCAGGUGCGGGAAGUGCUUCUGUGACAAGUGCUGCAGCCAGAAGGUGGCACUGCCGCGCAUGUGCUUCGUGGACCCGGUGCGGCAGUGUGGCCCAUGUGCCCUGGUGUCCCACAAGGAGGCCGAGUUUUACGACAAGCAGCUCAGAGUGCUCCUGGGCGGAGCCACUUUCCUUGUAACUUUUGGAAACUCAGAGAAAUCAGAAACAAUGGUUUGCCGUCUUUCCAACAACCAGAGGUACUUGCUCCUGGAUGGGGACAGCCGCCACGAGAUCGAUUUCGCACACAUUUCGACCGUGCAGAUUCUCACAGAAGGCUUUCCCCCUGGAGAGAAAGACAUUCACACUUACACCAGCCUCCUGGGGAGCCAGCCUGCCUCUGAAGGAGGUAAUGCGCGGGCCACGGGCAUGUCCCUGCAAUACACAGUGCCCGGGGCGGAGGGUGUGAACCAGCUGAAGCUGACAGCCGGGGAGGACGCACAUGCCAGCAGGAGGCAGGCGACUGCAUGGCUGGUGGCCAUGCACAAGGCCGCCAAGCUCCUCUACGAAUCUCGGGACCAGUAAGCGCACACGGGCUGGCCCAUCAGCUGCGCCCACGCAGGCAGCUAAGCCCACGGCGCUGGGAAAUGCAAGUAUUGGGAGAAACACGCGUGUUCGCUUACCUGGUGCAGUGUGCACACCGUUCAUUAACACUCCGGACAGCUUCCUGCUUUAGUUGUGUAAUUUCUUGUUGAUACUUAACUAGGGGUGGGAGAGACAGCUCCACUACUGCUUAACUGGUUUCAGCCUAAUCUAGACCAUGCUUUUACGAGGCUGGGUUUACGAGAAGGUUCUGCCCCUCGACGUCCGUUUCAUUAGUUCUUCCACAGAGACGAUGUGGGCGGUGCAGCCUCCAGCCGGGUACCACCCCAUGGACUCCUGUAACCUGGCACUAAUCGGGGCCAAGGAACAAAACUUUGCUGCUUCACUACGGGGGAGGAGCCAGCUUUGUUGUGUACUUUUCACUUUAUUAAAAUAAUUGUACAACAGUUUGUAUAUAAAGCUUGAUUAAAACCUAUUUUGAAAAUACA